UUUUCUAAUGCAAGUAAGAUGGCGGACGAUCGGAGUCCGCGGCGCCGCAAAAGAACUUUUUCGACAACUUCUACAAUCUCCACCGACGAUUAUCAAGAUGCCAGUGAGCAGAUCGUGGAAGAUAUUAGCCUAGAGUUUUUCUACAAGCCACGGUCCAUCACCGCUCUAGCGUGCCUGUUUGUUUACCUUGUAUAUUCAGCGUUCACCAGGUGAGGUUUUUACUUGCACAUGUCAUAUUUUUCUGGGCGGGCUGUUUUGUCAUCAUUUUCCUUCGCAACAUACACUUGGAUCUCAACUUUUCUCAAUUCAAAAAGAAACUAUGAAUUUUUAACACAGUUUUUUAUGUUCAGAUUUAAAAAAAUAUUAAGUGGGAUUCAAAGUCAAGUUUUGGUUGAUUGAGUCAUAAUUUCACAGUGCUAUGGAUGUCAUGGCCUCAUUUACAUGCAUUCUUACUGCACUCAGUUGGCAUAAGUCUCGCUGAACAAUCUUUGUUGAUCUCGGCUUGUUUCAAUGAAUGUAUCCUCUAAACAUUAUCCGCUCAUUCUUGCGUUCAUUUUAUUUUAUUUGGUGGAUCUUAACAGGUGGAAAUUAACAGAUGGCUUUCGAAAAUCUACACGUGAUUUAAACAAGUAAAAUUAUAAUGGCCGUAAAAAGCUGAUCUGUUUAUAUAAAAUGUAGUAUUAGGUCAACUACACUUUGGAUGAGAUUUUAAAUUAGAUUAAAGAUGGAUGCAAUUCCUUGAUGACUUUGACACUUGACACCUGCCAUUCUGUCAUACCUACAUGUAACUGGUACUUUGCUCUUUGUGCUUAUUAUGCUUUGUUUCCUGUUGUUGAUAAUCAGACUUCUUUCUGUCAAAAUGAAUUUUAAAAGUGACACUUGAUUAAUUUUGAGCAUCAGUUACUUUUAUGUCUCUCUCUCUCAACUGUUUUUUUUCUAUGUCACUUGUCUUUGUCAACUGAAUGAAAUUUUCUUUGUCAUAUAAGCAAAAUUCAAAAUUACAGACCAAGUAGUAAUAAUGAUGGCUGUUAGAGACUGUCUCAUUUUUUAAUUAAAUGUAAUGAUCAGAUUCCUUCUCGGGAAAUAACAGUCAUUUAAAAUGUGUCUCACUCCCAAUCUAUGGCUUGGUAGCUCAUUUAGCAGUAGUGGCUAACUAGCAUCUGGGCGGCACAUUUCAAAUCCUGUCCAAGCCUGGUUUUUCUUUCCAGCUUCUUUUUUGCACCUUCCUAAAUUCCACCUUACCUGCGAGGAUCUCUGCUUUGCUUGAUAGUGACUGUAUUGUUGUACAAAAUUUUAUGAGUAAUUAACCUUUAAACUUCCGGACUGAGUAACUGCAGUCAAUUGCACAACUGAUUUAUUUCUGUAUCAUGAGAUAGGAAUUAACACAGCUUAUUGGCCUUUUCAUUAUUCAAAGAAAUCCAGAUGCCACUCGUGAAGAGAAUAUCUGGAGUGGAAUGGUUUCCCUUGCUGUUGUUUUUCUUGUUCUCAGUCUUCUUGUCAUGCCAAACGGUAACUAUUUUAAUCUAGAUAAAAUAAGUGACUGGCUUCUAGUUUCUCCUUAUAGUAUCACCCUUGAAUUAAAAGUAAGGGUUGUGAGAAAAUGGAAAUGAUCACAAAUUUAAGAAGCUCCAGAUUGUCAAAUAAAUUUAAUCCUUGUCAUAACCAUAGAACAUGUAGAGGGAACAGUGUGAAGAAUAUUGGUAUUGGUAUUGAUGUUUGGGUGUAAAGAGUUUGUCAACCGAAAUGGCCUAUUCAAGAAGUGAGGUGUCCUUGAGAAACUUGUAUUUUGCUUUUAAAAAACUGAUCCUCUUGUGAGUUUUCUAAGAGCCCAGUUUCAAAGGGAAUUCCUGUUCUGGAAACUUUCUAUCACUUAAAGCAAAAUUGUACCUAAAACUUUAAGGUUUGUGUUCUCCCUAUAAAGCCCUAAAAAUUAGCUAAUUUGAAAUUUUGUUUGUCAAAUUUUUUUUUUUUAGGUCCAUUCAUCAGACCUCAUCCUGCUCUUUGGAGAAUGAUAUUUGGUAAGAGGAUUGACUAUGUUUGCUUAACGACAUUGCAGCAAACCUUUUGGCAGAGGGGAAAAAAGCCAUUGUAACCGUAUUAACUGUCAGUGAUAUGCACAGUCUCAAAUAACUAUUGCAAUGAAAAAUAAUUUGUUGAAUCAAUCAUCUAAUUGUAUAAUUGUAAUCAGAUGAUUAAGUGCUUACCAUGGUGUUUUAUAUGGAGAUAAUGAAUAUAAUUGUGAUAUAAGUAAUUGGUGAGAGGUUUUGUCAUUUUUUUUACCCAAUUUUUUUUUUUUUUUUAAUUCUUGUUGAUAAUAUAAAGUGUGUAGCUGAUCUUUUUAUUUGUAUGUUUUUCACUAGGUGCCAGUGUUCUGUACAUGAGUUUUCUUGCGUUUGCUUUGUUCCAAACUCGUGCUGACUUCCGAAAUAUUCUCUUCUUCUUUGACCCUGAAUUGCGCCAUGAAGGACCAGAUACAAAGGUUACAGAGAUGAGAUUUAAAAUUGUUCCUCAUAAUUAGAUUCCUGUGUUUAUUGAGUGCUUUUACAACAGUUUUCAAUUGAAUCUCUGGAGUGUUGUGAGAUUGCUUUAGUUUUGCUUUACUUCACUCUGCAAUUGGAAAGUUGUGCCACAGUCUUUCUACUCAUAGUCCACAACCAACCAUUUGUUUUAGAAGUUGUUUAUUAGUUUGACUGUUUGUUUGUUUGUUUUUUCUUGUCACAGGAAUAUGCUGUUAAUUGUUCUCAGGUGUCUUUGGCCCGACUGUGGGGUCACUGUGAUAUCUUUGCCUUUGCGCAUUUCUUUGGUUGGGCUCUGAAAGCUUUACUUAUUCGCAAUGCAUGGCUGUUGUGGAUUGCAAGCAUAACAUGGGAGGUCACUGAGGUAUUAAAUUUCAACAAAUAGAUUCCAUUUUGCAGAGCAUCUCUUCAGUAAUAGAUGACAGAUGACAUCAAAAUGUGGUAAGAAAAAAAACCGUGGCUCAGCAGGUGCAGCUGAGUGUGUGACUGAUGAUCUUACCACAUUUUGAUGUCCUCUCCAAUGUGUUUCUGUACAGGCCCAUGAAAACAUGGAGUCAAUUUUUUUUUGUAAUAGUGAAAGAACAAACCUAUUAAUGGUGAUAUCAUUUAUGUGACCAUCUUCCAGUAGAUUAUACAUGUAGAUGAUAACCAAUCAAUUGGCUCAUUAUAUAGCAAAAAACAGAUUCCAUUUUGUUGUCAGUGUCUCCUCAGUAACAGGUCACAGGCAUUGUCAAAAUGAGGUACGACAAAAAAAAAGUUUUACAAAAGGCACAGCCAAGUCUGUCUUUUAUGUUCUAACCACAUUUUGAAAUGUUUCAUGAUCUAUCACUGAAAAGGCACAGGGUCACAUGGAAUUUAUUUGUUUCAUCUGAUGAAUAAGCAAUAAAUUAGCAGAAAGUUGUGAGUUGUGACAUAAUCCAUGUGUCUGUCCUCUAGUCUAUCAUAAUUAAAAACCAAUCAAAUUGUACUGUUUAAUUCAGCUUAUCACGUAAUUUAUAUAUUAUGAAUAAUCCAUUUCAGGUAUUUUUUUCUCACUUGUUGCCCAACUUUGCGGAAUGCUGGUGGGAUGCACUGUUAUUAGAUUUCCUGAUCUGUAAUGGAUUAGGAAUCCACUUUGGACUGUAUGUGUGCAAAAAACUGGAGAUGCGCAACUACCACUGGGAAAGUAUCAAGUAUGUUUAAUGUUACUCAAUGAUUUUAUGUAAAAUUUUUUUUGAGUGUUUGUAUCAGAUUAAGUUUACAUUCACACAGAUGGGAUUGACUUUUUGGCUCUCUGAUUUUUAAAGGGAUAUUCAGACAACCACUGGAAAACUGCGUCGAGCUGCUAUGCAGUUUACACCUGCAAGGUUUGUCUUAAUUGUUUUCAUAAGGCAAUAUAGAUCAGAAAAUGUUUUGGCUUGUAUGCAGAAUUUUCUGACCAAAUUUCUAUAGCAUGAGCUAAUUCUCAAUCUGAACAUGGACAACAUUAUUUUGUUUCUUUACACAACUCAUCUGUUCCUGCAUUUUAGAAUAGAAAAUGUGAUCAUCUCCUUAGUUUGAGAAAAUACGUAACUUGAUAUUCAUGCUUACUUUUUUUAAUAUCCGCGAAAGAUUCAUUGGUCAUUUUACCAUCAAGGAGAGCAGAUUUUGGACAUGUUACCAAGGUAGCAAUGGAAUAACUAAGUGAUAUUUUGACUCUUUCAGUUGGACUCAUGUGCGCUGGAUGGAUCCCAAAUGUUCCUACAUGCGAUUUUUUGCCAUAUAUCAGUUGUUGAUUAUUUCUCAGGUAGGUGAAACACUGAGAUUCGUUUGAAAUCACUUUAGGGUUUUAUAGAGUAUAAAUUGGACUUUAUUGCCAAAUGAACGCAGGAGACCAAUGCCCAAAGUUACUUAAAACCACAACUUUUUAGUUUUCCACAUUUUUAGACCACUGAUUUUUGUUUUAGUCCUUGUUUGUCAAUGUUUUAGAUUAUUAUUAUUCUGAUAAGGAACCUCCUGAAAUCCACUUUAAACUGUUACACUCAUAAGAUCUCAUGUUAAUUCUCCCCUCUAGCUCCACACAUUUUCUUGUAAAUUAGUUACAAGAAUUUGGUGAUGAUUGAGAUAGCUUCUACUUGAUAAGUUUGAGUAUUCUCAUAACCUGUUUGCUGAAAAAAUUGUGGAUGUUGUGGAGAGAAGUAACCUGUUCAUCACUUCUGAUAGUUAAAGGGUUAAAUGAUUGGAGGCCUCAUCAUUAAGUAUUUUUCAUUUUCAUAGGUAUUACAACAAUCUGUUUUAAUUGGUUAGUUUACUCCAACUCUGAACCUAGUCUUUUUAUCUUUAGAUUGUGGAGCUUAACACAUUCUUUCUUAAACACAUUCUGUGGGUUCCAACAUCUCACUGGUUGAACUACUUUCGUCUGUUUGUCAUCAGUCUCACUGUGGCACCUUCCUUGAGGUAAGUCUGAUGCUUGCCUUCUUUGCUAUUGUUGCAGUGCUGUUGCCUUGGUAAUCAAAUGAUAAGCCAUCUGAAACUUAAAAAAUUAAUAUCAGACUCUUGGAUUAAAGAGGUUGGAACUGGAAUUGUAGAGACUUUUUUAUUUACAGUUUGUUUUAAAUUUAAUUUUUUAGUUUCAGUGUUCCCAAUUAGUGUCAACUGUGCUCAAAGUAGCUGAUGUUGUAACAAAGUUUCUAAGAGGUUCCCUCUAUCAGCUAAAAGUCCAGGGUUGCUUAGUCAGGUUUUUUGAAGUUGUCAUCUGCUCACCAAAAAUAAAAGUGUAAUUAGCAGAAGAGAAAAAAAAUGAUGGAAGGAAACUCUUUGAAACCCCUGUUCAUGGACAUUUAAGGCUUCAUAUUCAGAAAACCAAGAAAGAGGGGCAAAUGUUUCCUAAACGUAAACAGCAAUGUAUCAAUGAUGUUUUAUGCAAAUGUUUGUCUCAAUUUACCCACUGCAUUUAUUAAAAAAAAGCCCUGUUACUAGGCUUUUCCAUUUGUCUGAAAAUCACAAAAGUUUCAUUGUGUCAGGACUGUAGUAUUUUGGUGUCAAGCCCUGUGUGUGUUACAGCUACAACAUGGAUUUAUAUCACUGAUUUGUGUCUUUCAUGCUCAGUGUGGGUAUAAAACUUUCCUUCCCUGUCACUAUAGGCAGUACUAUGUGUACAUUACAGACACAAGAAGCAGAAGGCUUGGAACUCAGGCAUGGGUGCUAAUGUAAGUAGAUACCUUUGGAAAACUCCACUUUGUUUCCAUUGUUUACAACAUUUACCUCAUGUUACUUAUGAUAACUGAACUUGAUGUUUCUUGUUUUAUUUAACAAUAGAGUCAUCACCUGUCUUGAACUUCUUAUUUGUAUCAAAUAUGGACUGGACAUGUUUAAGAAAGCAGAAAUUGUCAGCAUAACUUUAUGGCUGCUCUUUCAGGUGAGAAAACAAAGUGUGAAAGUUAAUAACUGUCUUAUGUUUUUUUUCUAUGCUUAACCUUUCACUUCCAAGAUGUCAUAAGUAAUUCUCCUUACUGUCUGCCAUACAAUUCUUAUUAUGUGAGUUUGGAGAAUUUGAUAUUCGAUCAUCUAAUAAUCUUCUAAUUUAUAUUUUUAUUUAUUCUCCUCACUUGUCUUCUGGAUAUCGUAUUGAUGUUGUUAGGAGAAAUUCUGUCUGUCAUUCAUGGGAGUUGAAGAGUUAAGAACACCUAUGGUGUGUUGAGGCAUUGAUUGGAUUGUAAUCUCUCUCUUGCAGAUGGCAAUCAGUUUGAUGGUUUUGUAUUUCAUGGUCAUGACAAAAUCAAAGGUUAGUUAGCAAGUUGGAGACAUUUGAUUGGUGGAGGCCUAAACACCAAUUAAAUCGAGUGUUAAAAUGUUUUAUUGCAGUAAAGUAUAGUGAUGUGUGUUAUUUAAAAUUUUCGUACUUUAAAGACAGGCUCCACAAUAUUGAUUAAAUGCAGAAAAUAGACAUAGUGAAAUUAUUCUUUGUAGUUAACACAGUGAUAAAAUGUCUGCGUAUGUGGGAAGGAUGUAGAGGCUUGGUGCCGGGCUAAGGUGCUUUCAGACUGUCAAAAAUGUCUUAUAGAUAACUACUUAUUAAGUGAAUUUGCCGCAGUGUUUGAAAACCAUACAUCUUGUUUAGUAAAGCUCAAAACUAAAUGGUAAAUCCGACGGAAACCCGUAGUUAAAUAAGCUAUAGGUACGAAAAGUCUCGAGUUUUUCCUUUUCCAUAAUCUUUGUUCCUUUUUUCAGAUUUACACCAACGUUUCAAUGCUUUUUUCGCAUAUUUUUCGUGACAGCAGAUGUUUCUUAUGUUUUCCUUCGAAAUUUCUCUCAUGCUUGACUAAAGACUGCUGGUUUUGUUGAGUGCAUGUAACUUAUGGCCAGGAUUUAAGUGAAUGUGACAUGCAUAAAACAGUGCGGCCUUCGGUUUAAAUGGGUUGUAAAUAACAGAGUUUAAAAUGGUCAAAAAUAAAAUCUUACAUUAAUUUGGCGUACUUUUUCAAAUACAAGAUAAAAAUCUUUCUUAAAACAAAUCAAUAAUAAAAAUAGUGAUAAAUUAGCCAGCGGUCAAACGUGACAUAUUAGUAAAUGAAUCAAUUUUUGCAAGCUACGCGAAAUUUUCAAAAUUCUUGCACAAAAUUUGGAGGAAAAAAUGAGGAAACACAAUGUAGCGCAAAAUUUCCAAAAAAAGUGAAAAGUUUCCUUUAAAUCUUUACUUUUUUGAUAAAUGAAACCAAAGGAGGGAGAGGGAAUAUUUUAAAGUUUGAUUUUUCAUUUGAUCGAAAGAAAAGUUGCAUGUUUUAAAACACCGUAACACACUGGCUCGGUUAUUUGUUUAUGAAUCCUCGGCGACAACUUUGCUUGUACAGCCUGAAGGCACAAUGUAGGCCACUUUCACAAACGUUUGACCUCUGCGUCCAAUGUGUUCAAUACACCAAGUGUACGAUUUAAAUGUAUCAAUUUAAAUGAAACAAUAAUUAACUUUUAGAAUAUUUUUGGUUCACAGCCUUUAAAGAGAAAACACUGAAAUAAAAGUGACGAUAAUCCUAAAUAAAUAUAAACUGUGAUUGAAAUAAAAGUCGUUUCAAUUAAAAUCUUUCAAACAAUGUUUGCAAUAUAUGAUCUGUUGUUAUUUUUCUGUAGGAGGUCAAUGUUAUGAAGGCAAACAUUGUGGAGAGACUAAAAAUGCUCAAGAAAUACGUAAGAAAUUAUGAACUUCAGUUAAAACUUAAUCACUGACUUAAAGUUUAUUUUAAACUUCGUUUUAAGCUUUCCUAACGUAAAACCAAUGAAAGAUUGUCUAAUUUUUAACAUAUUUAACGUGAAAAUUGAUUUAAAACAGUAUAAAUUAUACUAAAACUACAAAAAAAAACCAACCUUUUCAGUCACAUCUAAAACUAUCCUACGAACUAAAGUAAAGAGGGUUAGUGUAAGAUCUUGGCACAUUUUUGUAUGACGACUUCAAUUGAAAUCGCAUUUGGUUUGAAAGUGAGACUCAAAUUACCAAUAGAGCAGUUUUUAAUUGAAUGUCGAAAGUGAUCCGUGAUUGCUCAGGUUUUGCUCUACCCGCUCUAUGAUUGGUCUAAAAAAUUUGCGCCACUCAGAUGCCAAGCUAACACCAAUCACGAAUUGAUCGCCCGCGUUUUCCCGCGCUUUAGGUAGUUUGGUUUUUUUUCUUUAAGUUCUGAUUGGCUCUUCAAGGUAUUUUCCUGUCUUUUGAUUGGCCGUUGUGAGUACUUUGGUUUUUGUUUUACAACACUCAAAUCGAAAAGCGCUCUGAAACGUUUCUCUAACUGAGAUUUUUCUCUUUUUACUUAAGGGAACAAAGAAGCCAACAUUCCUGGAGGAAAUUCCUGCCGAAGAUCCAAACACCAAAACCCUGAAUUACAUAAAAAAAAAUGGUAAUCAUACAUUCCAAGAAGACGAUCAGGUGUACGACUUCGGUCUCGCUAAUGGCGGCUACCAGAAUGGAACAGUGGUGCGUGGCGAGCAGCAGCACUAUGAGAGGGGCCUCAGAUCCACCAAACACAUCCACGAGACACCUCCUGACGACAAACCCACCGCUGAUCCGAGCCAUGUGCAGGCGCAGGGAACUCGGAAGAGGAGGCCUAGGAGAAGCGAUUUAGGAGGACAAUUGGGGGGUGUUAACUACGAAGUGAAAACUCGUCUAAGGACGAGAAAGUCUCAAGCAGGGCUUUAACUGUGAAAUCGCUGAUCAGUAUAUAUUUAAUCUGAAAAUGCUAUGGAUGUAUGGUGUAUAAUUUUUGAGCAGGAACCUCAAGUAAGGACUUAACCUUCUUGAGUGUGUUCUGUUCACUUCAGUGAUUUUCAAAUUAAGCGAGUUCGUAUUUAAUUAUCCUCGGUUUAUAGGUUAACUGGUUAUUUGAACAGUCUGUUAUCUGCUUCCAAAAAUAUAGAGAAUAUUAGGAGCUGUAAUCAUUCUAUCGUCCAGUUACUUAACUCGAAGAUAUUUAAUAACUGGGAUAUUUUUUUGUGUGUGUUUUCUUGUCCAAUCAAACGCGUUGGAUUUUCUAACCAAAUCUAUUUUCUUCAACGAUCAUAACUGUUAAUGACAAAAUAUCACUAUGCCUAAUACAAAAAUUGAUUUUAAAAAUCUACCUGAGUUGUAUAUUACAUGAUACAUUGAAGGUGUCUCAGUUGACAUUCAACUUGUGUGAUUGUCUAAAAUCAGACAGAGAUCAUAGGAUUAAUACUUCUACUUUUACACAUUCCAGUAGAGAAUAUAAUUAUGUCACGUCAAUCUCUUCUUAAUGCAAAUUCGCUAGCAUUGUAUUAGGACAGAAUGAGAAGGAAAAUUAAGUAUUGACACAGGUAACUAAAAUGUAUAAGCUCUCUAUUUGAAUAUGGUGAUGUAUAUCUAUGAAGAUAAUUAUUACAAUUUUAUUGAAAGAUCAUUAUACUUACUGCAAUUGUAUCUCGCGAUAUUCACCAUGACUAGUCACGCAAUUUUUGUUAAAAUGUCACAACGAACAUUACUUGUGUCACGCGUGGCACAGAAGAAAAUUAGCCAAGGACUACUUUACUUCAGAUAUGUCUUAAGAAGUCCGGUGCUCAUCUUAGUUGUCACGCUGACGUUAUUCAUAAACCUGUCUGAUAUGAUAGUUUGGUUAUUUGAUGCUUUGAAAAGGUUCUCUGAUUCCGACAGGAUAGAAUUACAUUUAACAGAGUUGUUAAGCAACGCCACGUUACCUCCACGUAGUGCUGCUUGAAGUUGUCAUUUGAUCACGAAUUCUGCUAUGUCGGUAAUCCUGUGAAAAAUAAACUGUAAUAGUCGC